AUGCACUUGUUCCGGCUAGUUCCCGCCCUUCUGCUCGGCGCAGCCUGGGCAGCUCCCGCCCAAGAUGAUACCUCGAGUGCACUGUCGCAGUUCCAAGCCCUGGCAAACAAUGCCUCAUCCACCGAGGCUGACGAGCUGGAUGACCGUACUUCGACAAAGAGAGCCAACACUUGCACUCGUGACAACCUUGUUGUCCGCAGGCCAUGGGGUUCGCUGAGUAAGAAGGACCGGAAAGCAUACACUGAUGCAGUCCUCUGCCUGCAGAAGCUGCCAGCCAAGACGCCCACUAGCCUGGUGCCAGGCGUGAGGUCUCGCUAUGACGACUUUGUUGCUACGCAUAUCAACCAGACCCUGAACAUUCACUACACUGGAAACUUUCUUUCGUGGCACCGCUGGUUCACUUGGCAAUAUGAACAGGCCCUGAGAAACGAGUGUGGCUACAAGGGAUACCAGCCGUACUGGAACUGGGCCUUGUAUGCCAAAGACCCUGCGUCGUCGCCAAUUUUCGAUGGAAGUGCCUACAGCAUGGGCGGAAAUGGUGCCUACAUCCCUAACAAGGGACCCAUCGCCUUGACCCUCGGCGACUAUCCUGUCAUCUAUCUUCCAGCUGGCACCGGCGGCGGUUGCGUGACUUCCGGCCCUUUCAAGGACAUGGUGGUGAACCUUGGCCCCGUGAGCAUGCCUUUGAACAACGGCACCGUUCUGACUGGUACUGGUUUGGAGUACAACCCCAGAUGCCUCAAGCGCGACGUCUCUGCCGCAGUCAACUCGGCAUAUGCCAACGCGACCUCAAUCAUCAACCUGAUUACCCAGAACAACGACAUUGCCGAUUUCCAGAUGAAGAUGCAAGGUGUGCCAGGAUCUGGCUCAAUUGGUGUGCACGGCGGCGGACACUACACUGUCGGAGGAGACCCAUCAGGUGAUGUCUUUGUGAGCCCUGGCGAGCCUACCUUCUACCUACACCACGGAAUGAUUGACCUUGUGUGGUGGAUCUGGCAACUACUCGACGAAAAGAACCGCCGCUUUGCUAUUUCCGGUACCCAGACCUUCUUGAACCAGCCGCCAACCCCGGAUGCCACUCUGGACGACAUCGUUGACCUUGGAUAUGCCGGAGGAGGUCCUAUUACGAUACGUGAACUCAUGAGCACAACCGACGGGCCUUUCUGCUACACUUACGGCCUAUGA